CAAUCCCCAUAAAAAAAAAAAAAACACACACACACAUCUCUUCUGCUCUGUUCUUCUCUUCUCUCCUCUCCUCACAUGAGCAAUGCCUGCACCCUUAAGAAAUCCCAAACUUUCUUCUUCUCCAAUCUUCUACUUCUUCUUCUUCCUUUUCUUCUUCCCUUUUAUCUGCCAUUCCAUUGAUAUACAGGGUCAAGCUCUUCUAACAUGGAAAAACACCUUAAACAGCUCCACAGAUGUAUUGAAAUCUUGGAAUCCUUCUGACCCAACUCCUUGCAAUAAUUGGUUAGGGAUUCAGUGCAAUUCAGAUGCUCAUGUGGUCGCUAUAAAAUUAAACUCUCUGGAUAUACAAGGACCGCUACCUUCAAAUUUACAGCCUCUUAACUUCUUGAAUUCCCUUAUUCUUUCAUCCGCCAAUCUCACCGGCACCAUUCCCAAAGAGUUUGGAGACUACCUUCAGCUUACGCUCAUUGAUAUAUCCGAUAAUUUGAUUACUGGUUCAAUCCCGCCCGAGAUUUGCAGCCUAAACAAGCUGCGAACUCUGUCUCUUAAUACCAAUCUUCUGGAAGGUGGAAUCCCUCUGGACAUUGGGAAUCUUUCAAGUCUUGAAAACUUGAUGAUUUUUGAUAAUCAAUUGAGCGGUGAGAUCCCAAAGAGUAUAGGGAAGCUGGAGAGGCUUCAAGUUAUUAGAGCUGGGGGAAACAAGAAUCUGAAAGGAGAGUUGCCGGAGGAAAUUGGAAAUUGUAGCAAUUUAGUGAUGUUGGGUCUUGCAGAAACCAGUAUUUCCGGCAGUCUUCCGGCAUCCAUCGGAAAGCUGAAACGGGUCCAGACGAUAGCUAUCUACACGUCGCUAUUGUCAGGUCCUAUUCCAGAUGAAAUUGGGAACUGCACUGAACUCAGGAAUCUCUACUUAUACCAGAACUCCAUUACUGGUUCCAUCCCGAGGUUAAUUGGGGAGCUUCGAAAGCUUGAGAGCGUGCUGCUAUGGCAGAACAGUUUAGUCGGGACGAUUCCAGAAGAAAUUGGAAGGUGCAGUCAGCUUUUGACCAUCGAUUUAUCUGAGAAUUCGUUAACCGGAAAUAUUCCGACGAGUUUGGGAGGGCUGUCGAAGCUUCAAGAGCUUCAGUUGUCGGUGAACCAAUUAUCAGGUAUGAUACCUGUGGAAAUCACAAACUGCGCUGCUCUGACUCAUUUGGAAGUUGAUAACAAUCAACUGACGGGAGAGAUCCCCAUUUCGAUCGGAAAAUUACAGAGCAUGACUCUGUUUUUUGCGUGGCAGAAUAAUCUUACAGGCAACAUUCCAGAGUCUUUAUCCCGAUGUGAGAAUCUUCAAGCUCUUGAUCUCUCAUAUAACCAACUUUUUGGUACGAUACCUAAUCAAAUCUUUUCACUUAAAAAUCUUACCAAGUUACUAUUGCUUUCCAAUGAUUUGUCGGGUUUUAUCCCAUCCGAUAUUGGAAGCUGCACUAACUUGUACAGAUUCAGAGUCAACGAUAAUAGACUUUCGGGUAUUGUUCCAUCAGAGAUAGGGAAUUUAAAGAAUUUAAAUUUUCUCGACAUGAGCAACAACAAAUUCGUGGGAGCGAUUCCUCCAUCCAUCUCAGGAUGUGGGAAUCUUGAGUUUCUUGACCUUCAUUCAAACGGCCUCAAUGGUGUUUUCCCUGAUACACUCCCGAAAAGUUUACAGUUUGUAGACAUGUCGGAUAACAGGCUUACAGGUUCGUUAAGUCCUAGUGUUGGUUUGUUGACUGAAUUGACUAAAUUUAAUUUGGGAAAGAAUCAACUUUCCGGUGAAAUUCCAGCGGAGAUCCGUUCUUGUAGUAAGCUACAGUUGCUGGAUCUCGGAAACAAUGGUUUCUCAGGCGAAAUACCUAAACAAUUAGGCCAAAUCCCGUCGCUUGAAAUCUCACUCAAUCUAAGUUGCAACCAGUUCACCGGUGAGAUACCGUCUGAGUUUAUGGGACUUACCAAACUCGCAAGCCUAGACCUGUCCCAUAAUAAAAUAAACGGGAAACUAGACGUCCUCACAAACCUUCAAAACCUCGUCUCCCUCAAUGUUUCAUACAACGACUUCUCCGGCGAAUUACCAAACACUCCGUUUUUCCGGAACCUCCCUCCCGGUGAUCUCGCCGGAAACAAAGCUCUUUACAUUUCCGGCGCAGUCGUUACCCCGGCUGACAAAACCGGUCAUGCCAGGUCAUCAACAAAACUAGCGAUGUCGAUCCUCAUCAGCAUUAGUGCAGUGCUGGUCCUGCUAGGAAUUUACACGUUGGUGAGGACCCGUUUGGCCAACAAACAAGUAAUACGUGAAACAUGGGAAAUGACAUUCUAUCAAAAGAUGGAAGUUUAUGUCGACCAUAUAGUUCACGAUCUGACAUCAGCAAAUGUGAUUGGCACCGGAAGCUCUGGAGUCGUAUAUAAAGUGACGACUUCAAAUGGGGAAACCCUAGCUGUGAAGAAGAUGUGGUCAACCCAAGAGUCGGGAGCUUUCACCUCUGAAAUCGAGACACUUGGUUCGAUCCGACACAAGAACAUCGUUCGUCUGUUAGGCUGGGGUUCGAACCAGACGAUUAAACUUCUGUUUUACGAUUACUAUCCUAACGGAAGCUUGAGUUCGCUCCUCCAUGGUGCUGGUGCUGGGAUUGGGAAACAAGCAGGAGCAGAGUGGGAGACUAGGUACCAGGUUGUACUAGGCGUGGCUCAUGCUCUCGCGUAUCUACAUCAUGACUGUGUGCCCGCUAUUUUACAUGGAGAUGUGAAAGCCAUGAAUGUGCUAUUGGGUCCGAACCUACAACCUUACCUUGGUGAUUUUGGGCUGGCUAGACUUGUUACAAAAGACCAAAACCAGAGACCUCAGCUGGCUGGUUCUUAUGGAUAUAUGGCUCCUGAACAUGGGUCGGCGCAACGGAUUACGGAGAAGAGUGAUGUGUACAGUUUUGGAGUAGUUCUGUUGGAGGUGCUGACAGGAAGGCAUCCACUAGAUCCAUGUUUGCCAGGUGGCACACACUUGGUACAAUGGGUACGGGACCAUUUGCAUGGAAAGAAGGAUCCGGUUGAGAUUCUGGACCCGAAGCUGAGAGCAAGAGCCGACCCUCAGAUGCAUGAAAUGCUUCAGACGCUCGCCGUCUCAUUUUUAUGUGUCAGCUCACGUCCAAACGACCGACCAAUCAUGAACGAUGUGGUUGCAAUGCUCAAGGAGAUCCACCACGAGGAAUCACUUAUAAGGUCAUCCGACACACAAGAGUUGAAAGGGAAACUAUUGGUCAAUCCUGCAUCCCCAGCCCCAGCCCCUACUAAAUCCAUGGUUUUGCAAGCUUCUUCUAACUGCUCAUAUGCCUUCUCAGAUGACUCCAUGUAA